AUGGAAGAUGAUGCAGGAUGCCCAUCAGGCCAUAUUUGCUCCGCUCCGACUGCCGUUUGGGAAGCUGUACAAGUUAGGGCUUACCACGCACAAGCGCGGGGCCUAACUAGUAUCCCUCGUGAACUCACCCCUGUCCAACUGCAGAGGUCGGACCAAACCCAAGAGCACACUAUCAUGUCAAAUAUGCCUGAUCACGACCAACACAUCCCCGACAGUGAUAUCACCCAAACGACAAUGCUUAACACCCAAGUCCGCCGGGAGAAAGAGGCACAUGGCAUUGGGGACUGCCCAGGUAAUGUCCGAGCAAAUGACCGAGGGCGAUACGAGCGGAACCGCAUGCAACGGGAAUGGCUACACGAGGCCACACCUGGGGCACAAAGCUUUGGCAGGCCUCCGGCGGACGAGGAACGGACCCCGGCGGAUGAUUCAACCAUAGGUCCCGAGGAACCUGAUGCCUCGUCAGAAGCACCUAGCGUCCCGGUACCUGACACGCCGGAGAACUCUUUGAACCUCUCAUCAUGGGGACAGUUCGACUCAGCCAAUGGCUCGACCCUUCAUACCCACACGACCGAGGCGGGACCCAGCCCAGGCAACCUCAGUCCACUUGGGACCACUCCAUCUGGAUCUCCUUCGGCUGCCUCAUCAGGAGCAGACCCGACCGGGGUGAUUCAUUGA